CUAUAGUUUUCUGUUUGCUACCUGUCCCAGAACCGGGUGGGCACUUCUGUUGGGAGGGCACCAGAUAGGCACCCUAGCCCUUCCUGUCCACCGCUGGAACAGUGAGAGGGCGCAGUUGGACAAACUUGGACAGCUCAGAUGUCAGGCCUUCUGUGCCUGCCCAGGGCUCUUUAAGGCAGCAGGACAGAAUCAGCUUGCUGCCUGGUGUGGAGGGAUUAAUCAGUGACAGGAAGCUGCCUCUUCUAGAGCCGUGAGCAGCCGUGGUUAGGAAAGCUUCUACAAGACCAGCCCUAGGAGUCUGUCCAGCUUCCCGCCUGCUGCCCACCCACCUGCUCCUGCCAUGGGGCACCUUGGGGCCUUCCUCUUCCUGCUGGGAAGCCUGGGGGCUCUUGCUGAUAUCUGUGAAAUACCACAGGUGGAUAGCAAGCUGGUGGAGAGCCUGGGCCAGCACCUCUUGCCCUGGAUGAACUGGCUCUCCCUGGAGCACCUGAACCCCAGUAUCUACGUGGGUCUGCGCCUCUCCAACCUGCAGGCCGGGGCCAGGGAAGCCUUCUAUCUGCACAUUCUCAAGCUCAAUUACCAGCACAGCCUCCUGGGGCUUACCUUCAGCGAUGACAACAGUGACUCCCAGGACAAGCCCUCUAUGGGCCAGCUGGCCCUCUACCUGCUAGCUCUCAGAGCUAACUGUGAGCUUGUUGAGGGCCGCAAGGGGGACAGGCUGGUCUCACAGUUGAAACGUUUCCUGGAGGACGAGAAGAAGGCCAUUGGGCACAACAACAGGGGCCAGCCCCGCACCAGCUACUACCAGUAUGGCCUGGGGAUCCUGGCUCUGUGUGUUCACCAGAAGCGGCUCCAUGACAGUGUGGUGGGAAAGCUCCUGUAUGCCGUGGAACAUGAACAGCAUCUCCACCAGGGCCACCUUUCUGUGGACACACUGGCCAUGGCAGGCUUGGCCUUCACCUGUUUAGAACAUUCCAACCUCAAACCCAAUCAGAAACACCAGAUCACCCUGGCCAUCAGGAAAGUACGAGAGAAGAUCCUGAAGGCCCAGACACCUGAGGGCCACUUUGGGAAUGUCUACAGCACCCCUCUGGCGCUACAGUUACUGAUGAAGUCCUCCAUGCAUGGGGUGGAGCUGGGUACAGCGUGCCUCAAGGCAAGGGCUGCUCUGUUGGCCAGUCUGCAGGAUGGGGCCUUCCAGAAUGCUCUGGUGAUUUCUCAGCUGCUGCCUGUCCUGAAUGGCAAGAGCUAUGUGGAUCUCAUCUCCCCGGACUGCAAGGCACCAAGAGUCAUGUUGGAACCAGUUGUGGAGACCCCUUCACAGACUCAACAGGUCAUCAGAGUCGUGCUGAAGGUCCCCAGUGUCUCGCCACAAUACAUAAACUCCAUCUCUGUCCCUGCUGGAUCCUCCUUGGAAGAUGUCCUUAAGAAGGCCCAGAAGUUCCGAGGAUUCACGUAUGGAACACAGAACACCUUGUCAGGCCCCUUCCUGACCUCAGUGAUGGGAAAAACAGCUGGGGAACGUGAGUUCUGGCAGCUCCUCCGAGCCCCUGACACCCCACUGCUACAAGGUAUUGCUGAAUACACCCCCAAGGACGGAGAAACCAUCGAGAUGAGGCUGACUAGCUGGUAGCCUCUGCACUCACCUACCCCAGCAGCCUUGUCCACUCCCUGGGCUUCUGCCUUCCCUCCAGACAUCACUGUAACAUGCACAUGCCCAACCCUGCUGCUACCUCAUGUGCACUUGGAUAACGUCCUCUGGAUCACCCCAGCUACCACCCUUGCGAAUGCCCUAAGCCACCGUCUACCCUGGAUCAGGGAACCAAGUACCUUCCUUGGGAGGGCUGUCUGCUCCAGUCUGUCCUGGCCUGGCCACACAGGAAUCCCUUGAAGGCCACGCAUGGUCUGUAGGGUGUAAAGCAUCUCAGACUCCUCAACACAAGGAGGAGAAGUCACUGGCUACUGGUGCUAUGAGGACUGUCACCUCUGGGAUUGGGGCCCUGCAAGACCUCUGUGGCCCAGGGGCUGCAGUCCUGAUCCCAGCUCUCAACUCCACCUUCAAGGCAGUGGCCCUAAUGCUGGCCCUGGCAUGGUAGCUGAUGGGGGCUCAAAACCUGCCUCUGAAAUGAUUAAAGUAUUUGUGCACCUGCCCCGGCGUCCUGAUGCCUCAAGCUGGCCAGUGAGUGCCGGGGGCUGGAACACAGAAGGAGGAAGUACCUGCAGGGGAGAGCAGAGGAAGGUGGGUGAGCCCCUGGGUGCUGGGGGCAGUGAUGUGGGCCGUGGCAACAGUGAUCGCUGUUUAGGGAACAUGUACCUGCUAGAAACUUUCUUGUAUGACUCUGAGGUUGUGGAUAUUUUUGUAUGUAUCUCUGCUUUGAGAUAAGGAAAUUGAUACUCAAAGAAAAACUCACCCACAAUGUCAGGUAGGGGGUGUGCCUUAGGAGACAGACAGACCUGGCCUGGGGUGGCCUCCUGGCUCUUCCACUCAAACACUGGAAAUUGGGUGCUCUCACGGUUGUUAUGAUUAUAUGGCAGAACCCAAAGGCAGUCUGAGGCCCAGGACCCUAGAGCUUGGGCUCUGGCUUCUGCUUUGCCCAACACACAGUCAGGGUACCACCCCAGGCCCCAGCAGCCAGGGGCCAGGACCUUGCCUGUUAGUGGGAGGGUCCUGAACCCCGGGCUGACCUCUAGGAAGUGGAGUUCAGGCCAAGGAGGCAUCCCACAUGCCCCACCUCACCAAGGUUAGGAAGGGGGCCUGCUUCAGAUGUUCUCUCUCAUAGACAGUGUGUCAAGUUUUACAGCGCUACAAAGUCAUCACACCUGCGUAUAUGCCUCUUCCUAGGGCGCCAGCUUCAAAUAUUUAGUGUGUAGACCAGGAGAAGAGGGCGAUUUAAAGAUUCUUAUAUUAAAACAAAUGUCAAAAUACCAGAAAGCUAAAUAAAGAUAUGCAGCUUGCUUUGAA